AUGACCACCAGCGCGACAUCUACAUCAACGAGCACAGUAUGCCAAGUGCAUCCACUCGUAUUGCUUAGUGUUUCUGAUCACCACGCUCGAGCUGUGAAAGGGUCAAAGAAGCGCGUCGUUGGCUGCUUGUUAGGCCAGGAUAAUGGAUCUGUCAUCAACGUAGCAAACUCAUUCGCUGUCCCAUUUGAAGAAGACGAGAAAGACCCAAAAACGUGGUUCUUAGAUCACGAUUUCAUUGAAGGAAUGAUGGAAAUGUUUAAGAAAGUUAACGCACGUGAGAAGCUGAUUGGUUUCUAUCACUCAGGUCCAAGUCUCAGAGCCAGCGAUUUAGAAAUCAAUGAGUUAUUCAAGAAAUGGUCAAAUAGACCUGUUAUGGUUGUUAUAAACGCUGGUGGUGGCGAGGAUGAUGUCAACAAAGACCAAGGUGAAAUACCCGCAGAGGCUUACGUUCAGAUUGAGGAAGUUAGAGAGGAUGGCUCUCCUCCUGCAAAGACUUUCUUACAUAUCCCUUCACAAAUCGUUGCAGAAGAGUCCGAGGAGAUUGGCGUUGAACAUCUGUUGAGAGACGUUAGACCAACUAACACCGCCAACGCGAACAUUAGCUUGUUGGGUGGUGAGACACUCACCACACGUGUCAGUGCUCUCUUAGGUGCACUCAGGGGGCUUACUAAUAGGCUAUCAACUAUCAGCAAGUAUUUAGACGACGUUCAAUCUGGUAAACUUCGCACAAAUCACUCCAUUCUUUAUGAUUUACAGGAGAUUGUCAGUUUGCUGCCUUCAGGUGCAGAUGAUUCCACUGAGGAUAUGCUUAAGGCUGUUUCGAGAGAGGGUAACGAUGGCCACGUCGUCUUGUACCUCUCCUCUCUCAUCAGGGCAGUAAUCAAACUGCAUGAUCUGGUUGAUAACAAGUUGACCAACUCACGCGCCGAACUUGGUUUACCUGAAAUUAGCAAGGAGAGCAAGGACAAGGAGGAGCAAAAAUCAAGCGAUUCAAAGGAGACGAAAGAUGCAAAGCAAGAUGACAAGAAGUAA